AUGGUGACAUUUUCAGCUCUCACUAGAAUUGAGAAAUGCCACUGCCUGCUGAAGUUCCCUGUGACCCCAAAAAGUCCAGAGUCUCACAUCUGCUUCUGUCGUCAACAGGGUGGCUCCUAUGGCCGAAGAACAAUCUUGAGAGGCAAUUCCGAUGGUACUCUCGUCCUUUUCCUUAGUCAUUUAGAACAAUUCUGUGAUCAGAAGAAAAGCCACCAUGAAGUCCUCAAGGAAAUCAAGCACCAACUGGUAGUACAAUUGACCUUACAGGGGUUAGAAAACAAGGUCAAGAUCCAGAUGCUCCAUGGCAGGCUCACCAUCGAGGUGUCUGCAACACGGCAAAGCAUCUCCUUUGAGGUGCUGCCCGCCUUCAAUGCUCUGGGCUUGAGUGAGAAUCCCAGCUCCAGGAUCUACCGAGAUCUCAAAAGAUCUUUGGAUAAGACAAAAGCCAGCCCCGGUGAGUUUUCAGUCUGCUUCACAGAACUCCAGGAGAAGUUUUUUAACAACUACCCCAGGAAACUGAAGGAUUUGAUCCUCUUGGUAAAGUACUGGUAUCAACAGUGCCAGAAAAAACUGGAGGAUUUACCCUCACUGCCUCCAUAUGCUCUGGAGCUGCUUACGGUAUAUGCCUGGGAACAGGGGUGUGGAGCAGAAGACUUUGAUAUGGCUGAAGGCAUCAGAACUGUUCUGGAGCUGACCAAGCAGCAGCAGCUGCUGUGUGUCUAUUGGACAGUCAACUAUGACUUUGAGGAUGAGACCGUCAGGAACGUCCUACUGAACCAGCUCGGAUCAGAGAGGCCGGUAAUCUUGGACCCAACUGAUCCAACCAAUAAUGUGGGUCGCAACAGUAAGAAAUGCUGGAAACUGCUGCAACAAGAGGCUCAAAACUGGUUGUGCUCUCCCAGCCUGAACAACGAGUUACCUCGACCAUCUUGGGAUGUUCUGCCAGCACCUCUCUUCUCGACCCUGGGCCAUCGUCUAGAUAAAUUCAUCAAGGACUUUCUCCAGCCUGACAAAUGUUUCCUAGAACAGAUUAGUAUAGCUGUUGACAUGAUCUGUACAUUCCUUAAAGAAAAUUGCUUUCGACAUUCAACUACCAAGAUCCAGAAGAUCAUCAAGGGAGGUUCCACCGCCAAAGGCACAGCUCUGAAGAGUGGCUCUGAUGCCGACCUCGUCGUGUUCCCUGACUCGCUUAAAAGCUAUACCUCCCAAAAAAGUGAGCGCAGCAGAAUCAUCAAGGAAAUCCACGAACAGCUGGAAGCCUGUCGGCAGGAAAUGCAGAUGCAGUUUGAAUUUGAAGUGAAAUUUGAGAUUUCAAAAUGGAAGACUCCCAGGGUGCUGAGCUUCUCUCUGAAAUCCAAAAUACUCAAGGAAAGCGUGGACUUCGAUGUGCUACCUGCCUUUAAUGCGCUAGGUCAACUAAAUUCUGGCUGCACACCCAGCCCCAGGGUCUAUGAUGAGCUCAUUGGUCUAUAUAAAUCCUCAGACACCCUGGGGGGAGAGUUUUCCACCUGUUUCACGGAGCUGCAGCGCAACUUCGUUGUUUCCCUGCCAACCAAACUGAAGGAUUUAAUUCGCCUGGUGAAGCAUUGGUACAAACAGUGUGAAAGGAAACUAAAGUCAAAGGGGUCUUUGCCCCCAAAAUAUGCCUUGGAGCUGCUCACUAUCUAUGCCUGGGAGCAGGGGAGCAGGAUACAGGAUUUUGACACCGCUGAAGGUUUCCGGACAGUUCUGGAGUUGGUCACAAAAUAUCAGCAGCUCUGCAUCUUCUGGACAGUCAAUUACAACUUUGAAGAUGAGACCUUGAGGAAGUUCCUACUGACCCAGAUCCAGAAAACCAGGCCUGUGAUCUUGGACCCAGCGGAACCUACUGGUGAUGUGGGUGGAGGGGACCGUUGGUGUUGGCAUCUUCUGGCAAAAGAAGCUAAGGAAUGGUUGUCGUCUCUCUGCUUCAAAGAUGGGACUGGAGACCCAAUACAGCCAUGGAAAGUGCCAACAAUGCAAACACCAGGAAGUUGUGGAGCUAGAAUAUAUCCUAUUGUCAAUGAGAUGUUCUCAUUCAGAACUCAUAGAAUCCUGGAAUAACAAUGCUAGAAGAAGACAUCUGGCAAUGGCUUUUAAAGAAUUGGUUCACCGUGUAAAAGAGUAACCCAAAUUCAUUCUCCUCUUGAUGAUCACUAACCCAUCCUUUGCUUCUUGGACUCUUCCUGAAAUCCAAACUGUGAAGUUCCUCAUAAAAUCUUCCCUGGCUGAACCCCCACUCUGUGAGUGACCUACAUUUAAAAAUAUUUGCUCUGGGCUGGCCCUGUGGCUCACUCGGG